AUGGCCAAGGGGAAAGAUGUUCGAGUAACAGUUAUUUUGGAAUGUACCAAUUGUGCUGUUCGAAAUGAUGCUAAUAAGGAAUCAAAGAGGGUUGGUAUUUCCAGAUAUAUUACUCAAAAGAAUCGACACAAUACGCCUAGUCGAUUGGAAUUGAGAAAAUUCUGUCCCUUUUGUUACAAAUAUACAAUUCAUGGGGAGAUAAAGAAAUAG